CCCUACCAGAAGCAAAACAGGAAAAUUACCAUCAAUCCAUCCAUAGCCUUACUUAGCAUAAAACUUAUUGUGACCAUGUGAAAACUGACAAUGGACAGCAACGGAACUACCAUGUUCAAGGAGAGUACCACAACGUACCGCUGUCUAUGCAGAGUCAGAAAGCUCUCAUAUUUCAUCAAAAAUAUCUUAAUUUCUGUUACGAAGAUGAACCAAGGUCUUACGGGUUUGGAACGACAUCAGGAAGCGCAUUAUAUUUCAUGCACCAGAUGAUGUCAUAUCUAAACCUCAUUUUCAACCUUUGACUGCCUUUCAACAAUGACCAUGACCUCCAGCGACCAAGACCAAAAGUCACUGCAAAGUCAGAAGCACUACUUUUGUGGUUCUGUAGCAGCGUUCGCCAACAUCGUCAUCACAUUUCCCAUACACAAGGCACUGUUCCGCCAGCAGUUGUUCGGAGUCCAGGCAUGGGAAGCUGUGCGGCAGCUCCAAAGGGACGGUUUACACACACUGUAUCGCGGCAUCCUGCCGCCGUUACUGCAGAAGAGCACCACUAUUGCAAUUAUGUUUGGCCUCUAUGAGGACUUCUCCAGGUUGUUGCGUCUACACGCUCCUGAAGCCCCCGUCCUGUUAACGGACAGUAUCGCAGCAGUUUUAGCAGGAACAGCUGAGGCAGUCUUAACGCCAUUCGAGAGGGUCCAAACUCUACUGCAGGACCCACGUCAUCAUGGAAAUUUUCAAAACACUGCACAUAUUUUUCGUGUUUUGCUUCAACAACAUGGCAUCCGAGAGCUUUACCGUGGCCUUGUUCCAAUCCUACUUAGAAAUGGCCCUAGCAAUGUUUUGUUCUUCGGUUUGCGUGGACCGAUUAAGGAGCUGCUUCCUGAAGCCGAGACAAAGGCAGGACAUUUGGUUAAUGAUUUUGUAUGUGGAGGGAUUUUGGGAGCGGGUCUCGGGGUGGUGUUUUAUCCUCUGAAUUUAGUUAAGUCUCACGCACAAGUACAGAUUGGAGGGGAGUUUCAGUCUUGCAGGACGAUAUUGGUAAACGUUUUGAGAGAGAGGGAUGGGAAGGUGAGCCGUCUGUUUCGGGGUGUGCAUUUGAACUUCCAGAGAUCUGUUGUCUCAUGGGGAAUCAUAAAUGCUACAUAUGAACUUUUACUAAAGUGCUCUGAUUGAGAUGAGCUGGACGAAAGGAAUUAAAGUGAAAAGCAUCAAUGAUUUUGAGAAAGAGUGGAAAAUGAGUCUUCCUCACUCUAUUUCUGCUGCUAAAAACACAACGUUAAAACAGCACAUGCUUACUUGAAGUGCUAUAUUAAAGGGAUAGUUGAUGAUACAAAUUCAGUUUUCAUUUCUUCAUCAUCAGGGCUGAAAACAUAAAGAUAAGGAAAUGUCCAAUGUAAUCAUUUUAGCAAUAUAUCAUUUUUAAUUAUAUUAUCAAAAGUUUGGAGUUGCAGUGAAUGCAAUGACAUGCAAUCAUGACAUAUCUUAUGCUCACCAAGGCUGCAUUUAUUUAAUAAAAAUACAGUAAAAACAGUAAUAGUCAAAUAUGAUUACAGUUUUAAAUGUUUUCUAUUUUUACAUUAUUUUAUAAUGUAAUUCAUUUCUGUGAUGCAAAGCUGAAUUUUCAGCAACCAUUACUCCAGUUUCCAGUGUCACAUGAUCUUUCAAAAAACAUUUAACGUUAUAGGGCCCUGUGAUUUCUGCAAUGCAGAAAACGUGGAUGGAAUUGCAGACUGAAGUCAUAAAAAUGGAAUUUGCUGUAUAACACGGAAUGUCAUGGAAUUCGCCUAAUUUUGAAUGAAUAAAUCAAAGUAGGUCAGUACACUUAAAUCAAAACACAAUAUAGAUUAGUGUCUGUGAAUAUUAAGCCACAAAAAUACUAUUUAGAUAUAGUAUUUUAACCUGUCAAAAUAAAAGUUUGGUUUAACUUAAAGAAACUGUGACAGAAAUAUAUUACUUAAUGUAAUGAUAGUAAUACUAUUACUACUAAUAAAAUUAUUAGAACAUUAUUUUUUAAGAAAUAUUUACCAGAAUUUUUUAAAACCAGGAUUUAUCAGAGAAAUAUAAAUACACAACACAGUAUGUAUAAAAAAAUAAAAAUUAUAAUAGUAAUUUAAUUCUUUAUAAAAUGAAUUUAUUAGACAUGUUUUUGAUUAUAAAAAAGUAAUGAAAUCAUUCAAACUGAAUCCAGAAAAUUAAUAAAAUACAGAAUUUGGUGGAAAAAAAAACUGAAUUUGAGAGGGGAAAAACGUAUUUCAUAGGGCCUUAAAAAUUGCUUUUUUUUUUUUUGUUAAACUUUUAAUACAUUGCUGUUAAAUUAUGUAGGUUUCAUGAUUUGAAGUAAUUACACAUUCUUUUAGAUUAAUUUUUUUUUUUUUU